UUCAAAGUGUAGCUUGUUAUGUAGCCAUCUAUCCGGAGAGGGGUGUGUUAUCUGCUUAUAUUUGUAACAGUGUUUUUUAAACUUCAGCUUAUUGUGACACUCGAUAAUACACUUAACGUACACAAAGACGUUACCGCUUAGUUAUUUUACUUAUUAUGUACAUGUUUCCGUAUGCUUUGAGCGUUAACGACGUUUACAUGCUAAUAUUAGCUAAGUAGUUAGCUAGCUAGCCAGCUAGCUGAGUAAGUGUUCUUCUAAAUGUUGCAUUGUACAAAAAGCUGAACUUUGUAAACACAGCAAAGUAAAGUCAGAGCUAUGGCGUCAACCAGGCUUCUGUGUUUGUUCAACGCGAAAGCAGCAGCGACCAAAACAUUAGCCCGAGCAGGCUGGAGUGUGUGCUUCAGGAGAAAUGUCAGCAGUUCACCUUCAAGACUGCAGCACUGUAUGUCAGCCUGGGUCAUUGACCAGUAUGGCACUAAUGGGGCUUUGACGUACACAGAAGAAAUCCCCGUCCCUACUGUCAAUUCUCCCAGUGAGGUGAUGAUUAAAGUUCAUGCGGCUAGUCUCAACCCUCUUGAUAUAUCUAUGAGGGGUGGUUAUGGAGCUACAUUGCUUAAAUUAAGAAGGGAUCCAAUGUCUGUGAUGGGCAAUGACCAUGAUAGUGAGUUUCCUCUGAUUCUGGGUCGUGAUGUUUCUGGUGUCGUGGUGGACUGUGGAUCUGAGGUUACCCAUGUUGCUCCAGGAGAUGAGGUGUGGGCUGCUGUUCCCCCGUGGAAACAAGGCAGUCUGGCAGAAUUUGUGACUCUAACAGAGUAUGAGGUUUCCCAUAAGCCAAAAUUAUUGAGUCACACAGAGGCAGCAUCCAUCCCCUAUGUAGCCAACACGGCUCUGUCUGCGCUUGUCAAUGCAGGUGGUCUUUGCAGAGACAGCUCUUCAAAUAAAAGAGUUUUGAUCACAGGAGGAUCGGGAGGUGUUGGAACAUUCUCUAUUCAGUUAUUGAAGGCCUGGGGUGCCCACGUAACUGUAACCUGCUCGCAUAACGCCGAAGGCCUUGUUAGGGGGCUGGGGGCCGACGAGGUGGUGGACUACACAGCAGGAGAUGCGGCUGAACAGCUAGACAUGAUGGAGAAGUUUGACGUGAUUUUGGACAGCGUGGGUGGGGAAACGGAGCUGUGGGCGAUGGGCCUGCUGAAGCCCUGGUCUGGGGCAAAGUACGUCUCACUAGUAACACCAUUACUCCCCAACACCGAUUCCAUGGGCAUGCUGGACGGGUUGUUACAAGCUGGAUUGUCCCUGCAGAGCAAGGCCAUACAGAACAUCAUUUCAAGUGGAGUCUUCUACCGGUGGGGAGUUUAUGCGCCAGAUGGACCUGCCCUGGACGAGGUCAGCAAGCUGGUGGAUGCAGGGAAGAUCCUGCCAGUUGUGGAGGCCCAGUUUCCAUUUGCCCAGGUGCCGCAGGCUUUCCUGAAGUUAGAUCAGGGCCACGCCAGAGGGAAGACGGUAGUCAGGGUGGCUGAAGAGGACGACGGACGGGCCGAAGAGUUGGUGCAGAACAGUCGCAUGGAGACCGCAGUCGAGUCCGAGCAAGAAGGGCAAAGAACGGCCGAGCAAAACCAAAUUUAGUAAAGCAGAGUGUGAAUGUACCUUCCGUGACCUUUUUACAAGGCUACGCUUGACCCCGGCAGACUGUUAUUCACAGAGAGCAGAGGCGCUUCUGUGGGGGGCAGCAGACUACAAGCGUGACCUGGGCUCGUAAUGGGAGCUUCCUCCUUCCUGUAUGGUCUUGGAAGUUUUCACAAGGUGUGCUGCGUUCCUGUCAUGGUGACGGUGCUCUUAUUUACCAGUUGUGGACUCAUCCAUGCCAUUCAGAUCGUCGUCAUCCAGCUGGUAGACGAACGCUUCUGAUAGCAAUCUGUCCAUAACAAGGAGUCAAAUAUAAUGUUGCAAAACUUUCAUCAAUAGAUGUUUAUCCUCCAGUGUCAGCAGCGAGAUUACGAUAUUUGCAUUUCUUCUUUUUUGCAUUUCUCCAUGUCGGGUUAUUUGACUGUGGGAAUCUUUUUCAACUUUGUGUUGCGUCUCACAUGAUGUGAAUGCAGCUUACAGUAAGUGAGUUUGGGUAAAUAAUGAAACUCUAAAUCUGAAGCACUUUUGCAUUUAGUCUGAACAUUGUUGUAAACCAGGUGCCGCUCAAUGGGCUGGACAAUGUAUUAAAGAAAUGUCUUGACAAAAAUACUUUAUUCUGAAAACAAGAGUUGUGUGUUGUGUAAUUCUGAUUAAACAAAGGAAAAAA